AUGCUUUUUGCCCUGGCCCUGCUCCUCGCCCCCGGGGCACUGGCCGCCUCCCUCAAGGCCGGCGGCCUGACCGGCCGCCCCGCGCCGGAGAAGCCGGCGCCACCAGCCGCGGGCAGCUACAUACGCCACAGCCCCGGCGAAAUCAGCUGGCAGAGCAGCGGCGCCCGCCGCCCGGCUGCCCCUGGGCCCGGGCCCUUGUGGCAGGUGCGCCGCCGCAGCCUGCAGGCGACCAUCACGGCUGUGGGCGGCACCACCGUCAUCGGCGGCGCCAACCCCACCAUGGUCACUGCCGCCGCGCCGGCCAGCGCCGCCGCCGCCGCUGCCACCGUCAACUCGAUGCUGUCCACCGCCGCCGAGCAGAACUCGUGGGCUGCCCAGAUGAUGGCCGGGGCGCCCGCCGGCCCCGCCGCCACGGCGCUUCCGAUGAUCCCCGCGGCUGCCGCCGGCCCCACAAUCCCCACUAUUCCCGCCGCCGCCGGCCCCGCUGGCGUGCUCCCCGCGGGCCCCGCUGUCGCGGCGCCCGUAGCAGUCCCAGCGGCCCCGGCUGCCCCGGCCGCGCCCUACGGCCCCACCGGCCCCGCCAGCUUCGCGCAGGCUAUGGCCAUGCACUCAGAUCUCAUGGCUCAGAGCGCGCAGAACAUGGCUUGGCUCUCUCAAGUGAUGGGCAGCUCGCCGGCGCCGGCAUCGCCUCAGCCGCCACUCAGCAAGGCCGCCCGCCGUGCGGCCCGUGCCGCAGCCAGGGCGCGCGCCGCUGCCGCUGCCGCCGCAGCAGCAGCAGCGACGGCCGCCGGCCCCGUCGCGGCGACGCCCGCCGCGGCUGCGGGCGCGGGGCUCGCUGCGCAGGCUUUGGCAGGGCAGGCCCCUGCAACGCCCGCGCCCGCGGCGCCGGUCCCGGCGGCGCCGCAGGCCCCUGCAACGCCGACGCCCGCGGCGCAGGCGUCGGUCACACAGGCGCCGGCGUCGCAGGCUCCUGCAGCACCGACCGUUGUGGCCACGGCCGCGCAGACCGGCCAGGUCUCGCCCCCGCUGCCCGCGACCACCCCGGCGGCGACGACCCCGGCCGCGGGCGCAGUGGCUGCAUCCACCUGA